AAACCCUAGUACAUGCAAAUCCAAGUCCUUCAAAAGUAACCUAGUUUUACCCAAAACCUAGUACAAAACACUGUCGGAACAGAACUGUUUCAUGAUCACACAACAAACGUAAGAGAAACAAACAAGAACAAAACAUCAUCAUUUUGUAACAAAAAACAAUGACUUCUAUUCUUCUUAGAAACAUCUCAUUCCACGCACGCCGUAUUCGUCUCUCUCACACCUUCAAAUCUUCACCUUCAAUUCUCUCUCUCUACAAACCCACUUCGUUCUUCUCUUCUAGUAGUGACCCUCCACCUUCUACUAUUCCACAUGCUCAUGAGAAGAAUCAACAAAAUCAACAAUCACUGGAUGAUUUGGAAGACAUAAGCAAUGAAGAGUUGAAGAGGCGUGUUGCGAGACUUCGAGAAGGCGAUGACGAUGCAAUACCAGAAGUGUUUGAGGCAGUAUUGCAGAGGUAUUUGACGGGGAAGCCAAUAGAAGCUGAUCAGGAUCUGAUGAGGGAUAUUCUAGGGAAGGGGACAGAGUCGAAAGACGAUGAUGAGGUAGGGAAGGGAACAGAGUCGGAAGACGACGAUGAUGAGGAAAAUGAAGACGAGUUUGAUUCUGAUUCGGAGGAAAUGAGUGACUCUGAUUUUGAAGAGGAAGAAGCUUUUAAUCGUGAUGUUAAAGCAAAAAGGGGAGCCAAUGUAAGAAAAGACUAAGAUGAAGCGAUGAACUAAUGGUACUGCAAUUGUCAACUGCCAAUUACAUGAGAGGGUUUUGGACUGAUGCUAUUAAGCUAUAAUGUGUUUGGUUUUAUGCUUAUAGGUUUUAGCGGUUUAUCUUUCGAUAGCAUUAUUGUCAUUUUGGUUAGAAAUUUUGAAGUUUUGAGCUAAAUUACGUCACAGAUAGUAUAACAUUUAUCAUUACAAGCUCUAAUUGGGUUCAGUUUAACAAAGGUGCUAUUAAUAUAAAUCAUGAUACAAAAAAAGAAGGAUGCAGAAUAUGGAGAUAUUAUUUUUCACCUAUUCUAUACUUUAGGGUUGAAUCUGUUUGGAGGCAAGUGAAUCUGAUUACUUGCUAGUUAACUCGACUGAAGUAAGUUUGAUUGGAAGAUUGCUCUACGGGCCCUCAAUUUGCUCAAAAAA